AUCUUCUGUUAAAAUGCUGAGAAAACACAGACAGUUAAAGUGCAAGACAGAUGUCUGCAAAGAACAAAAAGCACACUGCCAAAGUACCUUGGCAAGGAUUUGUGUGAAGAAUGCAUGUAGGCAAAGUACCAGCUUUAAUCUGCAGUUGACAGCAAGUCAAGUAACCUUAAGCACAAAAAAGGGAUGUAUUUGUUACGAAAUAUUGGUGUGAUUUAGGGAAGACAGCACAGUUCUUCCUUGUUGAGUGUGUUGAAAGAACUAUGGAGGUUAUUCAAUGAGGAACAAAGUGACAGUAGAGUAACUGAGAUAAAUGAUGGGCUGAGAGCAGAACAAUCAAUCAGUCUGUCAAUCAGUUAAUUGUUUACAGCGUUGAUUUUCUUCUGCCUGUUGCAAAGUCAUUGUUGUCGCGCCAAUGCUGAGUUCCAUGCAGUGAGUCAGUGGCUGCAAACCUGAUAGUUGAGGGGAAGUUGAGGUGGAAAGAACCUUUUAGGAAGAAAACUGUCAUUGUGACACAUUGGGUCACUUCACUGAGCUCGUCUGGUGUAAGAGGGCAGGUAUUCCCCUGCAGUUGUUGCAGUUAAUGGACAAAUGAACUCCACAGAGACAACAGGUCGCUGGGUCUCCUCCCUGAAGUCCAACAUGCAAUAUGGAAUUUCUGAAAGUUUCAAAAAAAUCCAUAUACAUACAUACAGUGAAGACACAUGAACGAUAAUUACUUUCAAAAUAUUCCACAUAUCCAGUCAGCCUGAACUGAUGGACCAGUGCAAUAUUUCCUUCCCUGAGAAGGACACACCUCUUGCAUCUGCAAUACUUGAUCUAAGAUCUCGGUCCAGUUUCUAUGUCAUUUGCACGCAAAGCCCAUCAUGUCCAGAGUGGAGGCGUUUAGAGACACGAACCUUCGCUCUCUGCUGAGGGAGCUGCGUACUGACAUUGCUAUGGCUGUGGAUGACCCUUUCCCUCUCGUCUACGGUUUGGCAGACAAAAAUGUCAUCACAGAGCAACUACUGAAGGACACUCUGGAGAAGGAGGGCAGAGAAGGGAUCCACAAGUCCAUGUACUCCCUCCUGUCCUGGGUCUUGGAGCAGAGCAGGUCCACUGUCCAGGCUUUCUGGAACAAUUUAUCCAAAGACUACAAUCGAGACAGUUACCCAAAGCUGAAGACACUUCUUGCAAACUUGCACUCCAGAAGAAAUGCUGCAGCAUCCAAAAGUGAAAACAGAUCUUCUGGUGGUCACAAGACUCACAGCAAGAAGAGGAGUCAUGAGGACAGAGGGACCAAGUCUCAGCAUUCACAGUAUCAUGCCAAGAAAAGUGAUGCAGCAGGGAGUAAAGUGAAGCUGUACAGAGUGAAGAGUGAGGCUCCAGCUCCACGGCUGCCAUCUGGAAACAGUGCACAAGUGGUGUCUUCCUCAGUCCAGAGAGGAGCUCUUCUGUCCUCCUCUUCCUCGGCCUCCUCUACAGAUCCACCAGUCAGUCAUGAAGCCAGAGAAAAUAUUCAUAUCAAGCAGGUUUACAGCUUGGAUGGAUCCACCAGAAAGUGCACUGAAGUCGGUGGGGAGUUUUAUUCUUGUGGUUCGUCAGAGGAGACAAAUGCAGUGCAGUCCAAUUCUGCUUCUGCUCAGAAGACAUUUCACCACCAGGGGGAGACAGACACACGGAUGAUUCACUUUAAUGAUGAUGAGUGUGCAGUGUGUAAGGACGGAGGGGAGCUGAUUUGCUGUGACGGCUGUCCUCGAGCUUUUCAUCUGACCUGCCUUGACCCUCCACUCACAUCCAUACCAAAUGACACUUGGCAGUGUGAGCGGUGCUGUGGACACAGAGUGAAAACAGAGAAAGCCCACAUUCCUCUACAGGUAUUUUCUGCCCAGCCUCAGCAAGCAAACUCCAUCACAAAUGUUUCUUCCUGCUCAUCGCUGUCAUCGUCCUUCACAAGUGUCACAGCUUCUAUGAAUGUGUCCAGUGGCGAGAACCAGUGCUCAGGUGGAGAGCUGGUUAAUGUGAGGGAGGUUUGUGGUGUUUGUCACCUUGGAGGAGGAGACCUGACUCAUUGCCUUCAGUGUUUGGAGCAUUUCCACAUACGCUGCCACUUUUCCAAAGGGAGGUCCAUCUGCUUGUCCUGCUGCAGGCCGUGGGGAGGAUCUGCACAGAAAGAGGCUGAAUCCAGACAGGUGUGUCUAGCACCGCUGGUACAAAACACAGUCAGUCAUGAUCAGAGCGUCACCGUCUCGGAGCCCGUCCUCCACAAAGAUGAGCUGGACUCCAUCCUGGGAGACAACUCCAUUGACAGCAUCCUGCAGUGGGCUUUCACCAACAUUUCUCGGCCUCUUCCAGACUCUCAGGGAUGCUACCAGUGACAGCCCAUCAGGCACGCAAUAUUGUAGAUCUGCACCGGUGAAAUGAAUGCAUGGAUACUUAAAAUGAGCUGACUGAAUACACAGAACCAAGUGAGGAUGAUUUGAUUCUUUGCUUCUUAAAGUGCAUGAAAUAAAUGUCUGGUGACUGCC